AUGACACCAGGCAUCCAGUCCCCCUUCUUCCUGCUGCUGCUACGCCUCGUGCUUUCAGGUGAGGGGCGCAAGAGCCCGGGACCCAACUCGGGCACCACCCACAAGCCAGCCCACGGGGGCACCGCGGGCGCGGACGACGCACGCCACUCGGGCGCCACCACCCCCGCGCCAGCCCACGGCAGCACCACGAGGGCAGAUGACAUACACCACUCAGGCACCAUCCCCACGGCAGCCCACGGUGCCUCUGCCACCACUACCGCGGACACCGGACCAGGCUCUGGCGUCACUCCCACGCCAGCCCACAAUGUCACCACAACCCCAGCCACCAGACCAGACUCAGGGGCCACCACCACUCCUGUCCACAAUGUCACUUUGGUCCCAACCAGGAGCACAUCUUCCACUCUGGUACAUGAUGGCACCUCUGCCAAGGCUCCCACAACCCCAGGAACCAAGAGUCCCCCAUCCUCAGUUCCCAGCCACCCCUCUGCUAUGCCCCCCACCCCUGCCAGCCACGGUCCUAGCACCGUUACCAGGAACACUCGCCACAGCACAGCUCCUUCUCCCACCUCAAGCCAAGACACUUCUUCCCAGAUGUCUAUCAGGGUAUCCUUCUUCUUCCUGUCUUUCCACAUUGUGAACCUCCAGUUUAAUUCUUCCCUGGAGAAUCCCAGCACCAAGUACUACCAAGAGCUGCAGAGAAACAUUUCUGAACUGUUUUUGCAGAUUUAUAAACAAGAGGAUUUCCUGGGUCUCUCUAGCAUCAAGUUCAGGCCAGGAUCUGUGGUGGCAGAGUCGACUCUGGCUUUCCGAGAAGGUGCCACCAACGCCCAGGACGUGAAGACACAGUUUGCUCAGCAUGAAAAGGAAGCGGCCAACUAUAACCUGCACAUCUCAGGAGUCAGUGCACGUGAGGUGCCGUUUCCUUCCUCUUCCCAGUCUGGGUCUGGGGUCCCAGGCUGGGGCAUUGCCCUGCUGGUGCUGGUCUGUGUUCUGGUCGCGCUGGCCAUCAUCUAUUUCAUCGCCCUGGCUGUGUGUCAGUGCUGCCGAAAGAACUAUGGGCACCUGGACAUCUUUCCAACCCGGGAUGCCUACCACCCUAUGAGCGAGUACCCCACCUACCACACCCAUGGGCGCUAUGCACCCCCUGGCAGUACCGGUCGUAGCCCCUAUGAAGAGGUUACUGCGGGCAACGGCGGCAGCAGCAUCUCUUACACAAACCCGGCAGCGGCAGCCACUUCUGCCAACUUGUAGGGGCAUGCGGCCUGCGUUUGCUGGGCGGCCAGCCAGUGCCAGUCCGCUCCCCUUAGGUUCUGUAGGGACAGGGCCCCUCCCCUCUGUUCUGGGCUGGUGAGCUGGGAAUUUAGUUGGGCUGUCCACAGCCUCCCAAAGAGGUCCAACCGA